CAUCAGGAGACACUGAGCAGGUUCAGGCAGUGAUUUCAGAUUCCCAUCCACAGUCAUGUGGUGAUACAGUCUCUUUCACACACACACACACACACACACACACACUCAUCAUGGCCCACCCGUAUGACCCCUGGUUGCGUGCGGGGCCGCCGCAGGAGGAGGUGAGCGUGUCUGGCUGGUGGGACAUGCACGCCGGAGCAGCCGCAGGCUGGAUGGACCUGCAGGGGGCGGGGCUGGGGCCGGGGCCAGUGCAGGGCGGCUCCAUGAGCUCCUACACACCUGAGACGCAGAUGUGCUCCGCCCACUCCGGCCUGCACUACCCACCCGAGGGCUUCAAGAUGGAGCCGCUGGCGCAGGAUCUGCUGCCGCUGGCGCAGGCCUCCUCCUCGUACUCCGCGGAGGAGCAGCAGGAUGCCGCAGGAGCUUCCGCUCGACCGAAAUCGCAGCGUCGCGCCGGCAGUCGUGCUCCCGGCCAGGCCUCCUGCCGCUGUCCCAACUGCCUGAGCGCCGAGUCUCUGGGGAACGCCGGCGACAAGCGCAAGCACCUGCACAACUGCCACAUCCCUGGCUGCGGGAAAGCCUACGUGAAGACGUCGCACCUCAAGGCGCACCUGCGCUGGCACAGCGGCGACCGGCCCUUCGUCUGCAACUGGCUGUUCUGCGGCAAGCGCUUCACGCGCUCGGACGAGCUGCAGCGCCACCUGCAGACGCACACCGGCGCCAAGCGCUUCGGCUGCAGCUCGUGCCCGCGGGUCUUCCUGCGCGCAGACCACCUGGCCAAACACAUGCGCGUGCACGAGUCACCGAGCCCAGCAGCCGAGGAGACUCGAUCCGCGGCGACCGCGACAGCGACAUCACUGCUCAGAGUGAAGACUGAAUCGGAGAACUGCGACGACGACGCGACGGUAGCGAACGGCUAAUCACGUGACCGCUCGUAAGAAUCACGUGACCAAUAAGCCCUCCCAUUAAAUGAGAUCAUUCUGAAGGUGACUGAAAUGAACUGUAAUCACAUCUGUAAAUGAUCUGUAGAAGACGGCAUUAGGAUUAAAUACGUAAUGCUUCUCUAUCUUCAGUUUUAUUUAUAUUUGUACAUUUUGUGUUUCAUAUUCUCUGUCGAUUAACUUAAGAUGUUGCGUUUCGUCCGUGUGUUUUUAUCAUUGUAAUCUUGAGAUGUUUAGUGAGGAUGUGUAAUUAGUUUGAAUAAAUAUAAAGCGUUUUGUUAGUUUUUCAUGUGUCUUGUGAUAGUGCCAUUAAACAUCAGUCUAACAAUAAACACACUCAGCAAUAUCUCAGUUAAAUCAUUUAUUUAGACCGUGACUUUUUACUAAUUUCUCUUAAUAAAUUGACCACCCCUUUAUUCAAUAUGAAGGUUACAUAAAAAGACAGAUGAAGAUUAAAAAAAUAGCCCCAUAAUAUAUAUAGUGCUGUCAAACGAUUAAUCGCAUCCAAAAUAAAAGUUUUUGUUUACAUAAUAUGUGUAUGUGUACUGUAUAUAUUUAUUAUGUAUAUAUAAAUAUACAUGCGGAUAUAUUUGAAAAAUAUGUAAUGUUUAUAUAUUAAAUAUAUUUAUACAUUAUAUGAAUAUAAAUAUAGACAAGUAAAUAUAUGUUAAUAUUUUCAAAAUAUAUACCUUAUGUGUGUGUAUUUAUACAUACAUAAUAAAUAUACACAUAACACACAUAUAUUAUGCAAACACAAACUGUUAUUUUGGAUGCAAUUAAUCAUUUGACAGCACUAAUAUAUAUUUAUACAGAGAGAUCAAAAGCUGAUUAAGUAAAAAAAACAGAUCUUAAGCUUAGGGAAAACAAGUACACAAUUAUAGUCACAAUAAAGAAACUAUUUACAAGCAAUAGGGCCAAAAAAAAUGCGUUGUUUUGUGUGUUUUGUGUUUGUGUUUUUCAGGUAGGUCUACAGUAUCUAACAGAAGAAAUACUACACAAACUGAAUACACUAAUGAAAUGUAUUAAUUAAAUAUUCACUGUAUGAAUUCAUUGUCAAUCAUUCUUAUUAAAGCCAUAAAAAUUAUUC